GGGCGUGUUCCAGCUCCAGGAGACGCUGUGCGCCCCUGGGUUAGACCUCAGAGCUGCGCUAGCCAUGGAGCGAAGCGGGUGCAAAGUUUGGCACCCCGCAAAGGGAUGUCAGAUAAGAGUGGGCGGACCGCCCGAAAGCUCUCUUGCUUUCCAGUCUUAGGGGCGCCGGCUGCUUGUACCCCAGACAGCGUGCUGCAAUGGACGGUGUAGAUUCGGCGGCCCAGGGCACUGCCCAGCCUCAGGAUGGAGAGCAGGCGGCGGAGUCCCCGGAGCCGCCACCGCCACCUCCUGCUCCGCCGCCGGCUCCGCCGCCACCGGCUCCUCCACCAGAACCAGAACCAGAACCAGAGCUUGCUCUGGGACCCUGUCCAGAGGCGACUCCAGAACCAGCCACAGAACCAGACGCAAAACCAACCCCAGAGCCGGCCCCGGAGCCGGACCCAGGACCAGACUCAGAGCCGGAACCAGAGCCGGACCCAGAACUUGUCCCAGAGACGGCCCAGGAGCCGAUCCCAGAAUUUGCCCCAGAGCCGGCCUCGGUGCCGACCCCAGAACCAGACUCAGAGCCGGAACCAGAGCCGGACCCAGAACUUGUCCCAGAGACGGCCCAGGUGCCGGUCCCAGAAUUUGCCCCAGAGCUGGCCUCAGAGCCGGCCCCAGAACCGACUAGAGAGCCUACCCCAGAUCUUGACACAGGGCUAGCCCUAGAGUCAGCCCCAAAACCUGCCACUAAGAGGGCCCCAGAGUCGUGCCCUGAGCCAACUCCAGAGAGUCCAAAGAUGAGUUCAGCACUACAACUGUUGCAGUUUCAGGUGGUCCCUGGAGAGAAGGGUCGAAAGCCAUCUCCAUUGCCAUCGCCCAAAGGGUCAAUAACGUGGUCCCGAAUAAAGAAAAUACUGAAGGAAGGACCCCUGCUAAAGAACUGUAACUCCUUCAGGAAAUGGAAGCUUAGAUACUGCCUGAUUCAAGGACAGAAGCUCCACUUUGCACACCAUCCUUCGUUUGCACACUUUGAAACAAUUGAUCUUUCUCAAGUCGCUUUGGCUGAAAGUAGCUGCAGAAAUCUUUGCCACGGUUUCUGUGUUAUCACACCACAGCGAAGAGUAUCCCUGGUUGCACCCAGUCGGAGAGACAUGGAAGAAUGGAUUAACAUCAUAAGAACUGUGCAACAGGGAGAAGUCAAUAAGAUACCUGCAGCUGAAAACAACCCUUUCCUUAUCGGAAUGCACUAUUGGUAUUCCAGCCCUAGUCCUCGGACUCAGUUCUGCAAUGUUUGUCGCGAGAACAUUCCUGCCUUAUCUCGAGAUGCCAUCAUCUGUGAAGUCUGUAAGGUGAAAUCACACAAAUUAUGUGCUUUGAGAGCAAGCAAAGACUGCAAGUGGAAUACUUUGUCAGUAACUGAUGACCUCCUUCUACCCGCUGACGAAAUACAAACCAUGCCUCAUCAAUGGGUAGAAGGAAAUAUACCUGCCAGCUCUCAUUGUGCAGUAUGUCAUAGGAGCUGCGGUAGUCAUCACAGACUUCAAGAUUUCCGGUGCCUCUGGUGUGAGUCUACGGUGCACGGGGCCUGCCAGAGGCGUUUUUCCAAGGAAUGUUCCUUUGGAAGUCGUCGCUCAUCCAUCGUGCCGCCAACUGCACUGAGCGACCCCAGAGGCGAUGGCCAAUUAGUGGUAUCGCCUGACUUCUGGAAUCUUGACUGGCCACUGACUUGUUCCUGUCCCUUGCUCAUCUUCAUCAAUUCCAAAAGUGGAGAUCAUCAAGGGAUCGUCUUUCUCCGAAAAUUCAAGCAGUAUCUUAAUCCGUCUCAAGUAUUUGACCUGUCGAAGGGUGGACCUGAAGCAGGCAUCUGUAUGUUCAAGAACUUUGUUCGUUUUCGUGUUCUGGUUUGUGGUGGAGAUGGCAGCGUAAGCUGGGUCUUAUCUAUGAUUGAUGCCUUCGAACUGCAUGAUAGGUGUCAGCUGGCAAUCAUCCCACUUGGGACUGGUAAUGAUCUUGCUAGAGUCCUUGGCUGGGGAGCAUUCUGGAAUAAAAACAAUUCACCACUAGAUAUUCUCACCAGAAUAGAGCAGGCUCACGUGAGGAUUUUAGACAGAUGGAGUGUGAUGAUCCGUGAGAACCCCAAAAAACCCCCACUGCUAAAAGGACAAGUGGAAAUGGAUAUACCAAGAUUUGAGGCUGCCGCCAUCCAGAAUGUAGAGACUGCAACCAAUGAGUUGAACAAAAUCCUGAAGGCCAAGUAUCCCACUGAGAUGAUCAUCGCCACUAGAUUCCUGUGCUCAGCAGUGGAAGACUUUUUGACGGACAUCGUAAAGGCCUGGAGCCAAAUAAAACAGAACAAUACAGCAGUGCAGUCUGUGAUUUUGAAAAGUGAUGUGAUGUAUGAUAAACUCAGUGUCCUUACUGACAUUCUGGCUGAGGAUGCAGAUGUUACUGCUGUUGAGAAAGGAGCCACAGCAUAUGCAGCCCGUAACAGAGCACAUGGAAAGCCCUUCAUCUUUCAAAUAGACCACAUUACAAAGUCCAAAUUGGAGUUGGCUGCACGGGCUCACAACCUCCAGAAGUCCUUGAAACUCAUCAUAUUCCAGAUUGAACAAGUUCUGGAUGAAGAAAGCAGACAGUGCUUAUCAGUUAAGAACUUUUCAUCAGCUUUCUUCCUGGGAGAAGAUGACUCAGAGGACUUUAAUCGGAUAAGCCCAAGACAACGUUCUUAUUAUGACAUCUUAUCUUCUAUACCGUCUCUCAAAAGUGAAGACCUAGACAACCUUAACUUAGAACACUUACAUUAUACACCGGAAACGAUACGCUUCAAAGAAAAGUGUGUCAUGAACAACUACUUUGGAAUUGGACUAGAUGCAAAAAUUUCUCUGGAGUUCAAUACCAGAAGAGAAGAACACCCAGGACAAUACAAUAGCCGCCUUAAGAACAAAAUAUGGUAUGGUCUUCUGGGAAGCAAGGAACUGCUGCAGCGUUCUUAUAGGAAGCUGGAAGAGCGGAUACACCUGGAGUGUGAUGGACAAGUCAUCUCCUUGCCAAACCUUCAAGGCAUUGUAGUGCUCAACAUUACCAGCUAUGCUGGAGGUGUCAACUUUUGGGGAAGCAACACAGCAACCGCAGAAUAUGAGGCCCCUGCAAUGGAUGAUGGAAAGCUAGAGGUAGUGGCAAUCUUUGGUUCUGUGCAGAUGGCCAUGUCUCGUCUCAUCAACCUGCAUCAUCAUCGAAUUGCCCAGUGCCAUGAGGUGAUGAUAACUAUUGAUGGUGAAGAUGGUGUCCCUGUGCAGGUGGAUGGGGAAGCCUGGAUUCAGAAACCAGGCCUUAUCAAGAUUAAAUACAAGAAUGCUGCCCAGAUGUUGAUGAGAGAUCGGGGCUUUGAGAACUCAAUGAAAACGUGGGAAUCUAAGCAUACUGAUAUCCAAGCUCUCCCACCACCCCAUCUAGAAUACCAGGAAUUUCAGGAGAUCCUCUCUGAUGGGGAGUAUGCCCAGAUGCAGCACUUGGCUCGUCUUGCAGAAAACCUCAUUAGCAGACUUAAUGACCUGAGCAAGGUCCACCAGCAUGUGUCUGUGCUCAUGGAUUCUGUGAAUGCCAGUGCUAACAUACUGAAUGAUGUGUUCUAUAGCCAAGACAGUGGCACUGAGGCGGGUGCAGCUUCCUGUACUCCCAUUGAGACUCUGAGCAGAAGUGACGCAGUAGAUGUUACAUUUAGUCUUAAAGGGCUCUAUGAUGACACCAAAGCUUUCCUGGAUGAAAACUUGUUGAGAGAUGCUAUCGAUAAGGCCUCACUACAAACUGCCCUGGAUGCCAUGAAUAUGGAACUGAGAAGGGUUUUGGCAAUUGGCUGGUUGAGUCAAAUCCUUUUUCCAGAGGAUCGCUCUUCUGACACUAGCAGUCUAAGUCGCAGGUUGAGAGUUAAAUUCCCCAAGUUGGGAAGGAAGAAACGAGAAGGUGGAGGAAAGCCGAAAUCAAGCCGAUUCCCUGGUUUUCUUGGCAAGUUCUGGCGUCGCAGAAAUCGUGACAAUGAAGCAAAAAGUGAUGAUUCUUCAACACCUUCAAGCUCUCGGCUGUAGUUCUUGAAAACUGGAAGGAGAACUCUCAACACAGAAUUCUACUAAUAACUCUCAAAACCUCCAUAAAGACUGAACUCAAUUACAUCAGAACAAACAUGAGCACCACCAAGAAAGACCCUCCAAAUCCUUAUACUAAUAUAUUUCCCCUGGACUUAAUCAGAUCUCCUUAGAGGGUUACAUUUUUCUCGUUGGCCAAAGAUUCUUGUUCCGAGUUGUCUUAUUCAGUUCUCCUUCUCUUUGUGUACCUUGAGCAACAACAGUGUUUAUUGGGGAUAGACUCUUUACAAAUAGUCUGGGAUCUAUAAGAAUUUAUGGGAGUGCAUCUCUUUAGGGAGUAUUGGAAUGGGUUUCUUUGUGUAGCAGAGAAACUGUUAACACCAAAGAAUGAAUGAGUAACUAGCUCUCAGAAAGAUGAAGAGGGGGCAGGAAUUCAGGGUUGGUUGUGUUUCUCCUCCAAUCCCUGACAACUGCAACUUGAAAUUUCAAAAGAUGACUCCUAGUUGGCUCAAGAAGA